CGUCUUCUACUUGCGCGGUUGCGCCCUGCCCCUGCGUCUGUACGCCCCCGCCCCCGUACGGCUAUCUAGGCUACCACUCACUGGUCACUGGUCAGACUCAGAACCCCAGCAGCACUGCGCAGUGCAGCGCAUAGUUGAUCAGCUGCAGCUCGUGCACGUAGCCGUGUGCCGCGCGCGGCGGACAUGGGCCGCGCGCCGUGCUGCGACAAGGCGAGCGUGAAGCGGGGGCCCUGGUCGCCCGAGGAGGACGAGCAGCUGCGGAGCUACGUCCAGCUGAACGGCAUCGGCGGCAACUGGAUCGCCCUGCCGCAGAAAGCAGGGCUGAACCGGUGUGGCAAGAGUUGCCGGCUGCGGUGGCUCAACUACCUGCGGCCGAACAUCAAGCACGGCGGCUACACCGACGAGGAGGACCGGAUCAUUUGGUCGCUCUACAGCUCCAUCGGCAGCAGGUGGUCGAUCAUCGCGUCCAAGCUCCCCGGCCGGACCGAUAACGACGUCAAGAACUACUGGAACACCAAGCUCAAGAAGAAGGCCAUGGCGGCCAGUAGCAGCGGAGCAGCCUUCGCGGCGCCCGCCACGCCGGCGCUCUCGCCCGCCUCCUCGUGCGUCACCAGCUCCUCCAGCGGCGACGUGCGCCUCGGCGCAGCGUACACGGAGCCGCCGCCGCCUCGGCAGCACGCGGGGCUCGUACGCUCUGACGCUCCGCGGACGGAGCUCGCGCCCGUGCCGGCAGUCGCGCACCUGGACGGCGCCUGCUGGCCGGCCGCGGCGGCGCUGGACGUGCUCCUGCCCGAGCUCGGCGGCGAGCAGCUGUUCCCGUACGGGUACGGCGACUUCUUCGGCGGGCUGCAGGACAGGGCCCUGGAGCAGCAGCUCUCGUCGUGCUACUUCCCCAACGUGGCCGAGAUAUGGGGCGCCGCUGCCGUCGCCCCCGACGGCAAGCCGCCGGGUCUCUGCAACAGGCUGACGUAGUGGGGAACUGGGGAUACGGCGGUCGAGCCCGAACGUACGAAGACCCCGGUAGAGUUCACGGGAUCGAUGCGCGGAAACAUCGAUUUGGUGUACGCUUUGUGCGUGCAGUGCUCCAUUGGUUCAUCAUCAUUCAUGGACGACGACGAGUGCAAGCUAGCUAGUAGAAUAGCUCUUGCUCUUCUCCCCUUGCCUGUUCUUGUUUUUCUCCCUGCGCUUCGCUUCCCUUCCCUUCCCUUCGCGUGGACAUACAGAUACAGGACGACGAUGUAUUUUGCUGUGCAUUAUUACAUGUAAAUUACUCACU